AUGCAAUCCACCAUGGCUUCAUUUGCUCCAGAUCAACCACAGCCAUAUUUCUAUCCACCUGCUAUUCCGGAAUAUCAAAGAUCCAACCCCAAUUCCCGAAGAGCGUCAGCAGCAACCGUCGCCAAUCAUUCGUCCAGCAGAUCAUCCAGAUCAACGCGAGACAGACGUCGAAGUUCUGGUGCAAUUUCCACGCAUUCUCAGCAACAAAAACCCAAGAAAUGCAUUGGAGAUUAUGUAGUGGGAAAGACGCUGGGGAAAGGUGCUUCAGGCCGAGUUAAAUUGGGUGUUCAUAGACACACAGGAGAACAAGUUGCUAUAAAAAUCAUUAGCAAAGCGCAUUUAGCUGCAAAUCCUGCCAUCGAAAAAGCUGUACGAAGAGAAAUCGCCAUUAUGAAGUUGAUUCACCAUCCAAAUGUCAUGUCGCUCAUUGAUGUGAUUGACGAUCCAGCAUCUUCAGAUUUAUAUCUCAUACUGGAAUAUGUGGAGGGUGGCGAGCUGUUUGAAUACCUUGUCAGCAAAGGGAGAUUGGGCGAGGCAGAAGCAAGACACCAUUUCCAACAAAUCAUUAUGGGACUAGAUUAUUGCCAUCACCAUCUGAUCUGUCAUCGUGAUUUGAAGCCUGAAAAUUUGCUUUUGAACUCUAGAAACGGCAUCAAAAUUGCUGAUUUCGGCAUGGCAUCACUCCAGCCAUUAGGUUCCAUGCUUGAAACUAGUUGCGGGUCUCCUCAUUAUGCUAGUCCUGAAAUCGUUGCUGGCAUGCCAUACAACGGUUCCUCGUGUGAUAUUUGGUCUUGUGGUGUUAUUCUUUACGCUUUGUUAACAGGCCAUCUCCCAUUCGAUGAUGAGAACAUCCGUCAACUGUUAAAGAAGGUCAAGUCAGGUAAAUACAUUAUGCCCGACAACAUAUCGCGCUCAGCCCAAGAUCUCAUCCGCCGCAUACUCGUUGUUGAUCCAUCCAAGAGACUGAAUAUGCAGCAAAUCAUGUCUCAUCCAUGGUUUCGGGAAACUGAACCCACCAACAUUUCUGUGCUUCCGGUUCCUCCUACUGAAAAAGAAAUCGGGCAGCCUGUAAAUGAUGCUUCUGAAAUCGAUGAUCGCAUACUGGAAACAAUCAAGUUUUUAUGGGGAGAAUCAAACAAUCAAGCAGUGAUCAAUGCACUGAUUCAAAAAAAACACAAUAUGCAAAAGGUGGUCUAUGUGCUUUUGCAACAGCAUGCAGAGAGAUAUUGGCAGGCAGAUCACGAUGAUGAGAGUGAUGAUGACACCGAGGAUGCCUAUUCAGAUGCCCCUAGACGUCGUUAUAGAACCAUUGGCCAUAGAACCGAGCGUGACAGACGUUGCCACUCCAUGGUGGACGCCAACAGUAACGUUAUCAAGUCAGGGUCUGCUACUACAGCCAGAAAGAAUUCCGCUGCAGUUGUAGGCAGUCGCCCAGUUGCGCCUUGGAUGCCAUCCGAUGCCUCUGUGCCUUCAUCACCCGUGCAAUCGAAACCCGACGUGCUUCGUCGCUACUCGGCUGCUACUAUUCGAUCUGAACGUACACCUACAUUUGUUGUGGAUGAUCUACCUGCUAGUCCUGCAGUGCCCAGCGAUGAAAAGAAGCCUAAAAUGAAGAAGAGCGAAACUUUUUACGCUCGGUUUGUCAAAAACGUUCUGUCACCUUCUCGCAGACAGAGCAAAGAUGCAAGGAGCAGCCAAAACACAGAAGUGCCUCCCUCUGCAUCUCAACAGAGCAAUUGCCCAAGUACUACAAGCACAACGACAGCGCCUUCAAGUCCAGUUACUCCAACCCCUACUUCAAAGCCAAUUGCUGCAACACUGGUAGGCACAUUGAGACGCAAGAACCCCUUCAAUCGUACACCAAUCAAUACAACUGAUUUUGCCAUCUCCUCCACUUCAAUGAGGGAGCCUGCCUCGCCCACAGUGCCACCUAAAUCGGCACUGAGACCCUCCAGUCAUAUCCUACAACGCAACAAGGUAGAUCCUUCUGACGAAGAUCCCGAGGAGGAGAGCAUCUCCAUGGAACAGCAAAAGGAGAACCGCAAAUCAAACAAAUCAGCUACUCUCAGCGCUAAACGACUUUCGCUUCGUAUUCCCAAUGCCUUUAGAAACGACUCUACUGUCAAUUCGUCAUCCACAAAAAAAUUUGGCUUCACACUUGGCUCCAACUCACGUAAACAAAGAAAGCAGUUGGAUCUGUCACUCUUUCAAACCGAACAAGCUCAGCAAAAGGAAAAGACAAGCAGCAUCAUGGCAAGCAGCAAAAAGACACUUGUUAAUGAUUCCAGUCUGUUGCCUCCUCCUGCUUUAUCAGAUGGCAGUACAUUAAGUAGCAGUAGUAGUAGCACAUGCUCAAGCACUCACAGUGGUUAUUAUCAAGCAUUAACAUCGCCUUUACAGAAAGUACCGCCUACGUUCAAGACUGUCAUGAACAAGCAAUCCAACAGCAACGUGUAUGCCACUGGAAACCCUCGUAGAUCAAGCCAACUGUCAUUCAAAUCCAUGGACCGCAGAGGCAGCAAUAUCAGCACAUCUACAUUGGCACAGCAGCAACAGCAUAUGAAUAAUAACAGACCCACCACGCCCAGUCUGUUAUCCAACAGCUCUACCAUUGCUUCACCCACUACGCCUGGCAGCAAUAACAACGGCAUCCCAUCACAACCAGCCAAGGCAUCGUGGCUCAAUAACUUAUUCAUCUUCAAACAACCCAAAGUGUGCUCCCUGGUGGUUUACAGCACACACACAGCCGGUAUUUUAAGAUCAUUGCAUCGUUUAAUGAACAAGACAAACGAAGCUAGAUUCUAUGAGAAAUGCGAUAGAACAGGUGUUACUCGAUACAAGGCUGAAAUCAAGACAAAAUCACAGGAUGGUCAAAGACCACGUCAAGUUAAAUGUAGAAUUGACUUGAUUAUGUCUGAUCUGGAUCCCCAAAGCUGUGUGGUUCAGUUUACUCAGCAGCAAGGCGAUGCCGUUUUAUUGAACACAACGAUCCAGCAGCUUCAUGAAGCCAUCCUGAAAGAGUAUCCUUGCCCUUCCAAUAUCAUCAUGGCUUCAGAAUCUUUCAAGGAGAUGAAUUCUGUCAUUACUUCGGGUAUUUUGGCCGAAGACUACUAA